AUGGCGAAGGGUUCGUCAUCUGGCAGUGCCCAAAGCCCUAAGAGGAAAAACAGCAAAUCUAGUAGAGCUAACAGAAACCCACCGACCUUAAAUGGAUCAGAUACAAAUCAUUCCAGAAGUAUGACCAACGCAAAAACGGAACAUACCAAAUCAGUACCAUUGGCACCUCCUUCCACCCAGGAGCCAUGGACACUGAAAAAUCCGAUUCCCUUAGUAUUAGAGAUACUCAUCAUCUUUCAAAUGUUCUUUGUGACGUUGUUUUUCAAGACGUUCAGAGUGCUUCUGCCGAAGUUAAAAAAAUCUGUCAAAGGAAACGUUGUACUGAUCACUGGCUCGGGCAGAGGCCUCGGCCGUGAACUGGCCUUAAUGUUCGCCCAUCUCGGAGCCAAAGUGGCGUGCGUCGACGUGGACCAGACGAGUAACGAAGAGACGGUCAAGCUGAUCGAGUCUAAGGUGCCGGGUGCGUCGGCCAAAGCUUACACUGUAAACGUGGCCGUCAGCUCCGAAACGGCCGCGCUGGCCGUCAAGGUGGAACUCGACCUGGGCCCGGUGGAUGUGCUCAUCAACAACGCUGCCGUCAUCGUCGGCCACACGUUCCUGGGCGCCCAGGACCACACGAUUUCCACCAUCAUCAACAUAAACUUGCUUGGACACUUUUGGAUGAUACGAUCGUUCUUGCCGAGUAUGAUGAAGAGAAACAGCGGUCACAUUGUAGCGAUUUCGUCGAUUUCGUCUCUCAGCGGCGAGGCCAAAUUAUCGGCUUACACGGCUAGCAAGUGGGGCGUUAAUGGAAUGAUGGAAAGUCUCAGAGAAGAACUCAGGGACCAUUCGCACAACAAAAUCCAUACCACUGUUGUGAUACCACGACUAAUUAACACGAGUGCUGAUUAUAUGAAAUCCAUCAACAGCCGGUUGCCGGUAUUGAGCGUGGAAAGUGCCGCUAAAGCUACAGUCCACGGGAUUUUGACGAAUGAAGUUGAAUUCACUAUUCCUCAUAUAACUUAUUUUACAAAUAUUAUACGGAAACUUUUCCCCGUCAAUAUUUCGGAUUCGAUUAAAAAUAUUUUCUACGUGAAAGUCUUGUUGCCUCCACAAGAAGACCAGGACAGUCUGCCCAACAUGUCAAUCAUUAAUCGUACAGUAGCUACUAACUGA